AUGUGGAAACUACUGCUAGUUGUGACAAGCCUAUUGUCAUUAUCGUCUGCUUAUGAUCCGACUUGGAAAUCCAUUGAUUCGAGACCGUUACCUCAGUGGUACGAUGAAGCCAAACUAUUUUCAUCCACUGGGGAGUGUUUUCAGUGCCUACACAUCCCUGCUUUAGAAUUAUUCAUGAAGAAUAACUACAGACCAAGUUUCACCUACCCUGACUUCGCUCCACAGUUUACAACUGAAUUUUUCAAUCCUGUUGAAUGGGCCAAGAUAUUUGAAAAUUCCGGUGCAGAGUAUGUUGUAUUAACUAGUAAACAUCAUGAAGGAUUCACCAACUGGCCUUCCAACUAUUCUUUCAACUGGAAUUCUAUGGCUGUUGGACCCAAGAGAGACCUAGUUGGUGAGCUAGGAGCAGCUAUAAAAGACUAUACAACUCUUCAUUUUGGUUUAUAUCAUUCUCUAUUUGAAUGGUUUCAUCCACUGUAUAAUAUAGAUAAAGAGAAUAAUUUCUCUACUCAGUAUUUUGUUGAUAGUAAGGCCAUGCCUGAGUUGUAUGAGAUUGUUAACGCCUAUAAACCAGAUGUGAUUUGGUCGGACGGUGAUUGGGAAGCUACAAGCCAGUACUGGAAAUCAACAGAGUUUCUAGCUUGGCUCUAUAAUGACAGUCCUGUUAAAGAUACAGUAGUAACUAAUGACAGAUGGGGUAAAGAUACUACAUGUAAACAUGGUGGAUUUUUAACCUGUAAAGAUAAAUACAAUCCAGGUGUGGUCCAGAAGAGGAAGUUUGAGAACGCUAUGACCUUAGAUAAAUAUUCCUGGGGAUAUCGUAGAAACGCUAAAUUAACAGAUUUCUUAACAAUGGAUGAAUUGUUGUCUACUUUCAUUCAAACAGUCAGUUGUGGUGGAAAUAUGUUGAUGAAUGUAGGACCAACUAAAGAAGGAACUCUGAUACCAAUAUUUCAAGAGAGACUGAGUGAGAUGGGAGAAUGGUUAAGAGUGAAUGGAGAGGGAAUUCGUAAAACCAGACCAUGGAUCCAUCAGAAUGAUACUAUAACACCAGGUGUAUGGUAUACCAUGAAGAAAGAAUCAGAUGGAAGUGUUAGUGUUUAUUGUUUUGUUUUAAAAUGGCCAACAAGCAACGUGUUAAGUCUGGGUGUUCCAAAACCAUCCUCUAAUACUCAAAUUACAUUACUUGGUUAUCCAGGCACUCUCAGUUGGAACAAAGGCUCUGGGUCUGGAAUAGAUAUCAAUAUUCCUGCGAUACCUUUCAAUAAAAUGCCCUGCAAGUACGUCUGGGCGUUUAAACUGACCAAGCUAAGUAAUGAACUUAAACAUCAUUUGCUCAAAUUUAAACCUGGCCAGUUUUAAUCUGUUUCUUAACAAUUGUUUGUGUCAGGUUUUUUUCGAAAAAGGUUUUACAAUCAAUUCUUUUCAAUAGUGUAUUCAUUUUUAAGGAAAUAUUCAAAUCUUAUAUCAAAUAACAAUAUAGGGUAUGUGGACUCUCUGAAAUGGAUGCUGAGUUGACAAACCUAAAUUCCAAAUAAACAAUGUAGACUAUGUGGACUCUCUGAAAUGGAUGCUGAGUCCACAAACCUAAAUUCCAAAUGAUAAUAUCACUUAUUUAGACUCUCUUAAUGUUGAGAAAUGCAGUGGUAGAUUGACAUCAGAAGGGUAAACCUUGUAAUAUUGAUUGUUUAUUUGGUAUAUUUAUCACUCACUGUAUGGCUGGUGAUAUUUUUGUUUGUGUUAACUUGCCAGAAAGAACAAGAAGAGAUAUUUUUUAUAUUUGAAUUGACACAAAAAAAUACUUUUUAUAUAGCAUUUCACUGACUUGUUAGAAUACUAUAUGUUACAUAUCUUUAGAAUUGGAUCCAGUAUUUUCACGUCACAUCAUGUAUCUUACCACUGCUUGCCUUAAUAUUUAGGCUACUUAAAUUAAUUUUAAAUUAAUUUUUUUCUCUUAUUUCAUAAAUGUUCAAAAUAUAACAAAAACACAAGGGGUAUAUUAUGGUAUAACUCACUUCUUUAAUAACAAAGCACAUAACGUUUCAACACAAUUUACACCUGUCGUCAUCAGAUGAAAUGAAACAUGAUAAUGUCGUUCAAAUCUUAAUGUUCAAAAUAAACUGUAUGCCAGAAAAACCCCCUUCUGUUAAAUCAUAUUUACAAUUAACUACUUUUCCAGUGGUUAACAUUUUCAUCAGCCCAAUGAUAAUCUAAGACUCUCAGUAGUAAUUUGUAGUUGAUAUUUCAAUAAGAAAACAGUGCAGUCAGAAAGAAGUGCCUAAUGUGAUUUUUCAUGAAAUAUUUCACAAAUGCCUAAAAUUUACUUUAACAAGACUUAAACAUUCCCAACUGUGUGUGAAAUAUAUUGUGAUUUAAUGAAUUCCUUUUUUGGGUAUUUUUUCUGGUUUAUAAUUUUGUAAAUUUGAAUAAUGUAUUCAAUUUUCUAUUCAAAUUGUUAUUAUAAUUAUUUUUUAAAUAAAAGUUAUAGAAGUGU